AUGACCACCUGGUCCCCAACCCAAUACCUCAAAUUCGCCUCUGAGCGCAACACCCCCGCGCAGGACCUCCUCACGCACAUCCCCAUACAAUCCCCCACCCGCAUCGUGGACUUAGGCUGCGGACCCGGAAACUCCACCGCGUUGCUCGCAGCCCGGUACAAUACCCCCAGCACGACCAGCAUCACAGGGAUCGAUUCCUCCCCUGACAUGAUCAACAAAGCAAACACCACUACCACGGCCGACAAUAUCUCUUUUGCGGUUGGGGCAGUGGAAUCAUACACCCCCGACGCACCAGUGGAUUUAUAUUUCUCGAAUGCGGUAUUACAAUGGCUUCCCAAGGGUGAACGUCUACAGGUUAUUAAAAAGUUGGUCAAGGGUCAGAAAGCAGGCGGGGUGUUUGCGUUUCAAAUGCCUGAUACGUUGGGGGAGCCGUCGCAUGUGAUUAUGAGGGAGGUUGCGGAACGGGGACCCUGGGCGGAGAAGUUACGGGGUGUGGGGAGGGAGGAGGUGGAGAGUUUGGAGGAGAUUUAUGAUGUUUUGGUGGAUGGGACGGACGGGGUAGAGGUUGAUGUGAAGGUUUGGAGGACGGUGUAUUAUCAUGCGCUGGACGGACAUGGGGAGAUUGUGGAGUGGGUGAGGGGGACCGGGUUGAGGCCGUAUUUGGAGAGGUUGGGGGAGGAGGAGCAGAGGGGGUUUUUGGAGGUGUAUGAGGGGGAGUUGAGGGAGAGGGGAGUGGAGAGGAGUGGGUGUUGGGAUUGGAUUGUGUAUGUUAAGCUAGGGUUAUGGAGUAUGCGAGUUGAAUCGUCUUAUUCCGAGAAAAACAUGGUCAUGAAUAUACUGCAAGGAUGCAGGGAUGCAGGGAUGCAGAAUAGUGGAUCAUCAGAAAUCAGCAAAUACCGAGAUAUUUCUCCAUCCUCUCUAGGGUUAUUUACACAUCAAUAG